UUGAGUCUUAAACCGGAAGUAAAUGAUGCGCUGACAUCAUGGAUGUGAAACUGAGUUAAACGUUAUUUUAUCGGUCAUAUUGGAGGUUUAUUCCUGGUUUUAACAUCAUGAAGAUAAAUGAGAACACUUUACUGGAGGGACAAAAAGUCGUGUUGGUUCCUUACAAUGCAGAGCACGUGCCCAGGUAUCAUCAGUGGAUGAAGUCUCCUGAGCUGCAGCAGCUGACCGCCUCAGAGCCGCUGAGCCUGGAGCAAGAGUACGACAUGCAGCAGAGCUGGAGGGAAGAUGAUGACAAGUGCACGUUCAUCAUCUUGGACAAGCAGCAGUGGGCGGACAGCAGUGUGGGAGAGGAGCAGUGCAUGGUGGGAGAUGUCAACAUCUUUCUGACGGACCCCACAGACCUGUCCCUGGCUGAGCUGGAGGUCAUGAUAGCAGAGCCCGGUCACAGAGGUAAGGGCAUCGGGAAAGAGGUGACGCGCAUGAUGAUGAGCUACGGAGUCACCAAACUUGGGGUCAAAAAAUAUGAAGUGAAAAUUGGGCUGGACAACCAGGUCAGCAUCGCCAUGUUCAAGAAACUCCACUUCCAGAAGGUGUCCGUGUCCAAGGUGUUCAAAGAGGUGACCCUGGAGAUGGCGGUGGACGAGUCCGUCCGGGCGAGGCUGCUGGACGACACGGCUGACAUGAAGGAGAGAGACUACAGACAGACCUGCAGCAACAGACAGGAGCUGGUUUCACAGUGAAGUGCUGAACUGCACUCACACGUCCCACACAACACAACCAGCUGUGAAGGAGAUCAUUCUAAAAUCUGGUGUGUGCUUUAAACUUUUUAGAAUUUUACACACAUCUGCAGAGGUGGGAAAUACAUUUGCACAAGUACAGUUUGGAGGGACUGGUUGAUUAUGUAAGUAAUUUAAUUUUGGGAUAUAUUCUAGUUUUAUUUUUCAACUACUACAUUUCAGAGGGAAACAUUGUACUUUUUUUACAUUGUAGUUAUCGGACACCUGGAGUUACCAGUUGCACAGUAUGGCCAAAAGUAUGUGAAUACACCAGCAUUGUUUAUUAGAUUGUUAAACAUGUCAUUACAAAACCAUGGCUACUAAUCCGCUGCUAUAACAGCCUCCACACUUUUAGGAAAGAAGUACAAAAGUACAUUGGCUGUGGUCAAAGGUGAUGGAUGGGGUUGAGGUCAGGGCCCUGUUUCUUUAUGUGCCUGGCUUUAUGUACAGGGGCAUUGUCAUGUUGAAAGAUCUUCCGCACACAAAGUUGGAAACACUAUUGUCUAAAUAUGUUGCAUGCUGUAAAAUAAUCCCUUAAUUGAAACUAAGGGGCCUAACCCAAACCGCAAAAAAACAACUCAUGUACGUAUACUUUUGGUCAUGUAGUGUAUAUUGCAGAUUCAGAUUUUACUUUCAACAUGAGAUGAAUGUCUCAUAUUUUAAAUCUUGUAUCUCAUAAAAGCAAAGUGUUCAAGAUCCCGGAAAUACGUACUUUCUCUUUUCCUCCUCCUAUCUUUCCUUUUUCUGUAGCUCAUUCCUCUCUGAUCCGGAGACAUUAAACUCUGCUCUUCUCUUUAA